AUGGAUGCGUCGCUGGAUUCCCCGGCGGCCAUUCAUGGCGCGCUGUACAACCACCUGGUUUUGCCCGCGAAGCUCCCCCAGCAACGAGAUACCGAUGAGCAAACCAACCUCAUCGAGAAAACCCUCUUCAAACGGAUGGCCGCCGCUACCCGAAUCAUGUCUCUCCUUCCUGACAACGCCAAAACGUACCGCGGCGCCUGGGAAUCCGUUCAACAGACGCUCGUCGCGUGCGAGGACCUGUAUCAAGGUGGCCGGAUCGACAAGGCUACCCUGGCCCGUGAGCUCGAGCUCCUCGGCCCAUCAGGCUGCAUCAUCCUCCACAUCGAGACCCAGAAUGCCGGUCUUAUCAUCCGCAGGGCUCCAGAUCCCGUCUUCAAGGACAGUGUCGUAUUCGAGGCGUUCGAAGCCUCCGCCAAGAAUGAGAACGUCCUUGCCGCAAAGAACGCCCUGGUUUGGGACUUCCCUGGCAUUGCCGUCGCUGUCCCCUACACCACUUUUACCGAUGAGGAUUUUCGGCUGAACCUUGCCAAUUUCAUCGAACAGGCGUCCUUGGAAACCGUCAAGGACUUCGCCGCCCACGCUUUCAAAGCUGGCGCUACUGUCUUCGAGUAUCGCAACACUGGCAAUCCUUCCAUCAUUACCUCCCUUUUGAUGGCCAUUCUCGAAGAGAACGGCCGGAGAAUCGCUCCCCAACUGCUCAGAAAACGCGUGCGUGAUGACGUCUGCUGGGACCAUGCCAAGAAGCCCUGGCGUAGACUGUCGAUUUACCUCGUCCUUCGUGUCGCCAUACAACGGUAUCUUGUCUUCGCAUUGGGUCAGGAGCAAGGCCGCUUGGAGUACAAGUUCUUCGUCACCGUCAUCCUGGCCGCUUUCCUCAAUGACAGCCCCGCCCACCACAUUGGCGUGGAACGAACUCACUUCCUCAAGAAGAAGAUUUGUCGCCGACUGAUCAAACUCGACCUAGACAAAAGCCACUGCCAAGACAAGGAGGCCGUUUCGCGGUACAAUUAUCUGUUCGGUUGUCUCGGCCCCAAGUUCAACGAGUCCAUUGAUAGAUGCUCAGCCGCUCUCCAGCACGAGCUGGCCAAGGACAAACUCUCGCUGGCUAAACAAAUCCCCGUGCUCCCGAGAAGGGCACCUGCGCAGGAUCUUCACCUCAGUUUGAAGCUUAGUCAUGGCCAUAUCAAAAACAUACUCCAGAAGUUCAGAGCCCCUACUAGUAAGCGCUACCGAGAGCUCCCCAACGAGGGCCCAGUCGAGGCUGCCAAAGACCACCUCAGCCAAUAUGCCAAAAAUUACCACAAGUUGAUCGAUAAGGAGAUGGAGCUGGUUGCGUCGGCGGCAGGAAGCUGCUCAACGAUCUCGCGCCAGAUUUUCGAUUAUGUCCAUGCGGCUAUGCCGAUGUACGAGAACAACCCGGAACAAAAGAGUUUGAUGCUUUUAACCGUCAUGGAGCUUUGGCAAAAGAUGGAUUCAAUCGCUUGCGAUUUGUUUCCUCUGCUGAAGGAGUUUCACCCAGUUUUUCAUCCCCAGAUGCUUGACGUCCUACUCUUACCUCAAUUCUCAGACAUGGCACGUCUUAGCUCCCUCCAGACUAUCUUAUCUGCCCGCGUUUCAAGGGCCGCCUCCGAUCACCGCAACAUCUUCGAGGAUCCAUCACCCAGCUGCUUUGCCGAACGAUACUAUAGUGAAUCGACUGAUGCCUCAGCCCUCCAGGCGCUUCACGAAGAAAUCAUCGAGCUGGCAAACGAUAUGCGCGACCGCAAGGAGACGGAGUGGAAGAAAAAGAGUCGCGAAUACGAUGAUCUGAUCAGUCGGAUCGACACGAGUGCCUGCGCAUACAUCGCUGAUGGGUAUAGCCUCCAUGCACGAGAACAACACGACCCCGACUGUACUCGCUGUUCAAUGAUGUGGACUGCACAGCACAUGCGCAUCUCCAUUUUCGAGGAGCCCUUGCCUCUGGAUUCGACUGCCGCGAAAUCUGUCAUCUUCGAGCUAGCGUGCCCCACGGAAUUCGCGAUUUAUCGAGACACGACCUGGUGGAUGCUCCGAUACUUGGCUACUCACUUUAACGACCAAGGGAUCCAGCCGCGGUGUCUGUUGAGAGACUACUUGCAGCUGAAGCCUUUCUUCUGCCAGAGUCAACGGAAAGUCGGUCUAGCUUCUACUACCAAGCCUUUUCAAACCACUCAUUACACCUCUGUGCCCUUCCCGGUUGAGUGGGAUGGAGGACGACAGGGAGUUUGCAGACCAAACGCGUUGAAACUCGGUUAUUUCGAUGAACGCACCUCGACAUGGACAGGGCGCACCAGGUUCCGACCCUCCUUCGCUCACCACACCGCGAUGUUAUUGCCGAACAACUCGCCCUGGAAUAAACUUUUGGGAACAAGAUCUUAUGCCCUUGACGGACCGGGGCCUUCGUCAUACGAGAUUGUGGCGAGUCAGUCGAGUUGCCCUGCCGGAAUCAACAGCCACGAAUAUCUCGCUAUGCAAACCCUCAUGACGGGGAAGGCUCAACGCUGGAUCGUGCUGCUUACUGAACUUGGCUCGACAAACUUGAAUUUCUCGAGCGAAGCCACAAUGCUUCUCGUGUCACAUCUGGUGCUUCAAAGCGGACCGGAGGAUGAGAAGGGGGAUGUUCUACGCAUGAUGCACAGGGUUUUCCGGGAUCAAAACUUUUGCGACCGAAUCAUCGAGCAAUUGUGCGCAAGGUUGGAAAGCCUCCAAGCGAACUGGCGAGAAACAUAUCUGAUGGACGUUGUCAUUACUCUUCUUCUGCGGACCCACGCGCUCACGGCUACGAACCCAGAUAUCUCAUUGAGGGUUUUUGGCGCAAUUGUUCGAGCUCGCGAAAUCUGCGUUCGGUGGGUGGAGAUGCUCCGAGCAGAGACCUUCAAGGCGAGCGACAAUGAAACCGCCCGGAGAUGUCAGCAGUAUGCCCUCUGGGCAGCAAUUCUCUGCAAGCGCACGUACAUUAUCCACACUAGUCAAUUCACCGUUCUGGAUGAUACUGCACUUCAGAUUUACAUUGAGUCAUGCAUCACUGUUCAGGACAAUCUGGUGGUUGAUGUUGGCGCACUUCCUCAGGUCCUUCGCCAUGCGGUCGUCUCUGACAUGAAGCUUUCGUACCGGUUGUCAUCCCUGGCCCGAAACUCCAUUAUCCGUUCUUCCGGUGUUUUCCGGAAGGCAAUCAUGACUGUAUGGCCUGAAGCAGAUGGUCGUCCACGGCAGAUUUCAUCCCUUCGCACAGAGCAAACAGAGUGGAUUACGUGCGAGAUACACGGACAUGAUGGAUGGGAUGCGCGCAUACAGGUGGUACAGUACAACACUUGUACUGGCCUACUUCUCGUCGAUAACCGUCCUCUUGGAAGACUACCCAAGUUGCCCGAGCACACUACUAUCCUCACGGAACUCUUCGGAGAGCAAGCUCUGCUCACGCGGCCUUCUGAUAUGCCGGGCAUGGACUACAUGAAGCACCGGGGCUACCGCAUCGAUGUCGGUUACGAUUCUCGUUCCAUUGUUAUUCGUGCGACCAAGGGCCAGCAAUGGCUGCAGCUAAUCCAGAGGGACGUGUUCCGCAGCAAGAACUCUUACGAUCUCCCUGGUCCCCUUAUCGACGACUGCUUUCACUGGUUGGACCUUCGCAGCGGCAAGGUGUUCAUUUCGUCUGCGGCCGAUAUCUGGAACAUCAGUCAUCGCAACUGGACCCUCCACGUCCAUUUGAGAACCUGCUCUCGUCCCGGUCAUUCUGGUAAUGACAGAAUUGUCGACACGUACAGCCCUUUGUUCAACCGCGUCGCGAGAAUAUUCAACGGUUUCGAGAUGCGACGACACUUGCUCGUGUUCCAACCGGCAGCGAAGCACCUCCAGGUGGAGAUCAGACGAUUGCAACUCAUGUUUUUCGUCAAUGCACGUCAACUUCUUGAAUCGCCCCAGUUGGGAUCCGAAAUCGACUUGGAUCAAGAUGCCGGGACAUGGUACGGUCUUGAGAGCAAGUUGGUUUUCAGAAAUCCCCGUGACCCGCAGCAGAGAAGCAUUCUGGUCCCUCUUGGACCCGUUGAGGCAAGACGAGAGCGAGAUACCAUGCUUGUGCGUGUACUUCCUAGCGGCGAACACGGAAAAUUCUCCAUCAACAAACACUUGGGACGCAUCGAGUCCGCCCCGGAGCCGCUGCUUCUCUACAUGAAGGCUCAACUGCAUGCAUAUACAUCGUCGAUAUUCCCGGAUCCGCUGACAGGACGAACCGGCACCGAGGAGGCAUUGCAGUGGCUCGACUCCGGAAUAUGUCAGCCCUGGUCGCACCUGCGUACCGGUCCUGUGGCAAUUCUUUUCAAGAUCGCCCAGCUCACUCCACGGCAUGUAUACUACCCCAUGAACCUGAAAGUCAUGAAGACAGAUCUUUGGGAUGAGAGCUUGACCGAAAGUGUGCAGCAUGAGAGGUUCUGGCCCCUUAUCGAGCAGAUCGUCUCCAUAUCGGCCGAGCUGCAAACUUUCGCGCUCCUUGACGGGGAUCACGGCUUGUUGUCGCUCGCUAGCGACAGGCACCUUCACGAUCGAGCCAGGGUCCGCCGACAGCUAUGGGAGCGCCCUUUUGACAAUACCACGGAACUCCCAAAGGCUAUUGACCUUGUCUACUCGCCUCGAGACUGCAUGAAACCGCUGAACGCCCGGCAUUGUCAAGUUCUCGAGGUUGUUCAUCUUCUAAGGACUUGGCCAGAGAAACUGGUAACGACGAGCAAUUUGGCCCAACUGCUUUCCCAAAGCAACCUGAUUGGGGGCUACACGGAUGUUUUCGACAAAGUCUCACUCAACGACCGCCUCUGCCUUGAGAUUGUAUCGAGUUGGGGAUCUCUGGUUCGGUCCUGUCGACAAGGACAAAGUCUCUUUGCCCUUAUGUUUCUGCUGGCGCCUAUUUCAUAUGGCGCGAAGGCUAACGUGGGUCUCAUCAAGACACUGGUUGCGUUUGCAACAAUUGAAGAAUUGAAAACGAUUGAACUGCCCCCCUGGCCACAGUAUGACACUUUUCAGCCCAAUCAAGUCCCCCAGCUCGACAAAUUGACGCGCAUGAUCGAGCAAUUUAAGACGCCUGCACCAAGAGACGAUGGUGACAGCAUCCAAAAGUUUGCCAGCGCCAAGCAGCUCCGGCGGAUGAGGGAGCAGAAAGCAGCCUGGAAUCAACGAGCUGAUAAGGAUUGCAAGUUUCUGGCCAACUUCUUGCUUUCACAAUGGCCCUGUGUCGAGCCAGGCAUUGUUGGGCUGUCCAAGUCCCUGUUGGUCGAUAUCGAAGGGGCUUUGAACAUCGUCCGGCCCGAAUGGAAACGCCUAUACCAAAACAUGGAUCUUUCGGUACAUCUUGAUGCGGUUCAGGCCGUUCUGAACAGGCAUCAUCGUGACGUCGGGUACGAGGCUCCUUGCUUCAUUCCAUCCGAGGAAACCUUCCAAGAGCGCUUCCGUGGCGGGGAAGUACCGUCUUUGAGAUCAGACCUGUUGAAGAAGAGCUUCCCAGCCGUCGAAAAAAGCAUAGCGGCGCGAUCCCAGCCCAGUAUGGCGGUAUCGGCCGCUGUCAAGACUGAUCAGUCGUCGGCCUUGCCCCGACAUCCUCCUCACAUUCAUCAACCAAUCCAAUUGCCAUCUCCGAGCAUUCGUAGUUCGGGCACGAAUGUUCUUGCACCUAGCUGGAUGUCGUCAAAAACAACGCUUAUUCCCUCGAACGACGCUACCACUGAGCUAAAGCAGAUUGUGUCGAACCUUGCAAAUACCAAGUCACUGGGUUCUGCUGGCGACUCAUCGCCGGCAUUUAUCUCCAGGGAGAUUUCGUCCUCGCUGUUAUCCAUUCAGCGACGCAUCCUAACCAUCCAAGCGGCGCUCGAGCAACCAGAUGAGCAGUUUUCAGCACAGCGUGUUCGUUGGCUCAAGGCAGGGCAGCUUUGGCCAGCGGUGACAACAGUAACUCUUCUGGAGCAGCUGCGAUCGACAGCGGCACCGGCUUUGCUUGGCGACUUUGUUCAGGAGACAUUGAUAGACUUCGGACUCGCCAUCACAAGGACACAGCGAGCUCUGCGUCUCAAUCACGCCAACAUGCGCGGCGAUGCUGGGAGAUAUCUGGAUGAGAUGGCGAACAAGGGGCACUCCAACUGGAACCCAUCCGAGCACCCAGACUGGUUGCUUCUCGAGAUUGAAGCAAAUCUGAUGAUUCGGCCCGAUCAGGUUGACGUGGCGCUUGCUACCAUCUCCCCCGCGUCCGGAACCAACUCCGUUCUCCAGAUGAAUAUGGGACAAGGUCUGUAG